CGUUGACGUCACGCCUCCCCAGCAAGGGCUGGCUGCGCGAGAACUAUGUGUUGGAAUGCGUGAGUCUCGCGUACUUCCUCGACCGAUUUGAGAGUUUGGAAAUAACUUCUUCCGAAACUUGUUUCUGUAACGACAUCGCCAAACAACGAGCGAACACCGCUGCUGGUUGAGCAUGUCUGCUCAGACUGUGUAUCCAGCUGCUGCUGGUAUCUUCAUGCCUGUAGAGGUGGGCCAUGACCUUCCCGAGCUGCCUCGCAAUGAUGUGGCAGCCCCUCAGCUAGUGAUGCUCGCUAAUGUGGUUGUAUCAUCAGAGGCGUCUUCCUCAGACUACAAUGCAGAAGAGAAACAAAUGGUGGAACUCAAGACCGUUGGAUGCAACAGCUACUCUGACAGCGAGGAAGAGGGUGUUAUCAGAUACAGCCUUGACAAUUCGGAGAUGUCUGAGAGCACGUAUGCUGAACAUGCCACUCGGGUUGAGCCAGAGGUGACAGAAAGUGUGAUAGAGCAGGCUGAAAUGGAGCGAGCAGAAGACCUCUCGAACCCAUCUGAAAAGACCCCAUCGGAAUCCUCACCAGCGGAAAAACGUAAGCGCACCCCGGUUGUUAUCUUCGAAUCCAACAAAAAGAAGAAGAAGCCUUUCUUUUGUAAACCCUGCCAGUACCAGGCUGAGAACGAGGAGGACUUCAUUCACCAUAUCCGCGUUCAUGGCGCCAAGAAAAUGACGGUGGUAAAUGGAGUGGCUGACUCUGACGACGAUCUGGCCAGUGAGUCAGGCCAAUCUCAGACGCCAAACCCUGAGAAUAGUGAAAGUUUGAGUAACUCCAAAGGUGUGAUCCGCUGUGAGCGCUGUGGAUACAACACCAACCGCUACGACCACUACAUGGCACACCUUAAACAUCAUACUAAGGAGGGUGAAGACCAGAGAGUAUUCAAGUGCACCAUUUGUGCUUAUACCACCAUCAGUCAGUAUCACUGGAAGAAACAUCUGAGGAAUCAUUUUCCUAGCAAGCUUUUCACUUGCAACCAGUGCUCGUAUUUUUCUGACCGCAAAAAUAACUACAUACAGCACAUCCGGACCCACACUGGUGAGCGUCCGUUCCAGUGCAUAUACUGUGACUACUCCAGCUCCCAAAAAACUCAUCUUACCAGACACAUGCGAACCCAUUCAGGUGAGAGGCCUUUCAAAUGUGACAACUGCAGCUACCUGGCAGCCAACCAGCACGAGGUGACCCGCCAUGCCAGACAGGUCCACAAUGGACCCAAGCCCCUAAGCUGCCCCUACUGCCAAUACAAGACAGCCGACCGCAGCAACUUUAAAAAGCACGUUGAGCUCCAUGUCAACCCUCGCCAGUUUCUUUGCCCGGUUUGCAAAUAUGCUGCAUCCAAGAAGUGCAACUUGCAGUAUCACAUCAAGUCCCGACACCCAGGGUGCAGUGAUAUCUCGAUGGACGUAUCAAAGGUAAGGCUUCGCGUGAAGAGGACUGACACGGAUGACAUUUCGCCAAAUAAGCUUGCGACAGACGAGUCUGGAUCAAGGCAAAGUGAGGACAAGCAGUUGGGAGAAUUGGAUGAUGUUGAAUCAGGUCCCAUCAAUCUCUCUAUUAAGAAACCCACUAAACACACCCUUGCUGUGGAGACUGAGCUGACUGAUAAGACCGCAAAGAAAAACCCAGAUGUCAUUAUGAAAGAAAAAUCUGGAAAGCCAUUCCAACAACUUAAUGAAAAAACUGCAGAGAAAAAGACCAUGCCGAAAAAUGAGGUGAAAGAGAAAAACAGUAAGAAGGUUAAAGGAAAGACUUUGGUGAAAACUGUGGACAUUGCCGUGGCACAAACAGAGGGCUGCAAUGAUAAACAAGCUAAUAAAAAGGAAAUGAAGAAGGUAGAGAAAUCCCCUAAAUCUGUGGAGAAAGUAACGAAAGGUCGUCCAAAGAAAGAGAAGCCAUUGAAGGAGACCGCCAAUGAAGUUAUUGCAAAACAUCAGCCAAUUGUUGGGCAAAGACAAGAUUUGGAUAAAGAAAGACCAGAGAAAGACCUUCUAGAGAAACAGCAGCAGCAAAAUGAGAAAGAGGAAAGAGAGCGGCUAGAAAAGGAAAACAGAUUGCUGAAUGGGAAAGCGAAGGAGCCUGAAGAGAAAGAAAGUACAAAAGAUUGCAAGAAAUCUCAACCCAAGAAACCAUGCAAGAGGCAGACAAAAUUGUCAAAGGUCAACCAUGAAAAAGAUACCCAGAGCAAACCUGUCAAAAGAAAAGCAGAGAACAUGAAAGUACCAGCGACUGAUUCCACAGAAACCAAUCGUCUUUCAAAGCGGGUCAAGCGCACAACGAAAGAUACAGCCAAGCCAUCCACAAGUUCUGGUGCUCCAGAGAGAAAUCGCACCAUACCUGAGGUUCUACAGGCCGUGAAGAGCAAAACCAAGAAUGCUGUGGCAAAUGCAAAAAAACCUGAGACUUGUAUCAUUGAACCUAAGAAGACCAACAAAGUCCCAGAGAAGCUAAACACUCUAGAAGCUGAAAAACAGUCCACCACAGAAACACUGAAGGUACUUGACCAACCAGAUGAGCAGACACUUACAGUAGUGACCUGCCAAGAUGAGAGAAAUCACAAGGAGACUGCUUCAGUAGUGGAGGAACACACAGUUCCAUGCCAACCCCAAGUUAUAGACUCUGAACAACCUGAAGAAACUCAGAACAAGGUCCCACAUGAACCAAAAGAAAUUCCAGAUGUAGACAGCGGAAGUGAGAUGCCAUCACCUACUGACAACGAGACCUCUCCGGGUUUCAGCCCAACUCUCGAACUUCCUGGUCCACCUGGUCACAAAUCUACCGAGGCAGAGGAUGACGAAGGUAUCCACAGUAAUGAUGGGGGAAGUGACAUCAGUGAUAGCGCCUCUGAAGGAAGCUAUGACUCUGGUCUUAACGGACUGGCUGCUGCUACUGAGGGUAGAGAGAAACUUCCAGAGACUCCGACAGAAGAGCUUCCGUCUCCAUCCAAACUGCUCAGUCACACGUGUAUCUUCUGUGAUCGUACCUUCUCUCUUGAGAUGGACUACCGUCGCCACUUGAACCGGCAUUUAGUAAAUGUGUAUUACCUAGAAGGGGCGGCUCAGGGUGACUAAUGAGGGGUAUCUCGUAUGAAAAAGGGCAGCGUUUUUGUGUCCAAAACAGUUUAUGAGGUUUUCUAGACCUUGGACUGAACAAAGCUUCUUGUUGUUUUUGAUGGCACAGUAUACUUUCAAUUCAGAAAUUAAAUCCAUUGUCAACUUGUGGUAGGAUAAUCAAGGUUUUCUUGUGUUCAUUGUUACACUACUCGGAAGCAACAAAAAGGAGAACUGCUCUGAAAGCAAGUACACUUUCUCCCUCCGUCCCUGCGGAGAGCUCAGAUUAGCCAGACCCAGGUGGUCCAGCGCAGAAUAGCCCUGAAGAUAAUGGGGCUUUCAGUGUCUUUGUGCUGUUGCACUCCAAUGAAGCGCCUCCAUCUCUGGUCAGCAAGAGACGGAGUGUGUUUAAAGCUGGCUAAUGUCAUUGUAUUCAACUGUUUCUUUGUUCCCUUUUACAGUUUAGAGAGCACUUGACAACUAGCCAUAAUCUUACCUUUGAGACUCUGUUUCACAUAAGCUAAACAUUUAAUUUUUUCUGUACACUUCCUGGAGGUCUUUCUUUGAUUACACUUGCUCUGCCUUUCAAGGAAAGUAGCAUGUAGUUUGUAAUAUUUGUGAAAUAGUAGGUUUUUUCUUUCAUUGUAAAUUUGCUCUCUUUUUUACACUUAGCAUUGUAACUCUCACUUCUUGAGUUUGUAGAUUAUUUUCUGUGUCCUUUUUCUGGUAAUACUUCAAUUUCAUGCUCAGUCCAAAGAUUUUGUUGCUUUUGUCUGUAUAUAAACUGUACAUAUUUUUCUUUCUUAUUUGCUCUUCAGUGCCUCAGACAAUCAAUUUAAGCAUUUUAAUCAAUAUCUCAGAUAUUUAGAUCUCAUUUACCUUCAAAUGAAAGAAUGGCUUGUCUUUUCUGUGUAUUUUACCCAAGCAACAUUCCCUUACACAUCAGAUUGGUAAUAUGCAUUGAAAAUCUGUUUAUCCAAAGUUUAUCUAAUCAUAUUUAACUGACCUUUUUGAGUGUGAAUGUGUUGAUAUACAACCCUUGUAUAUCAGUAAAUUUGCCAUGUUAUUCUGUCUACAAAGGAAGAAAAAAAUACUGUAAGAGAAAAGUUAUAGAAAUAAUUUGCCUUUAGUGCAUUAAGUGCAAUAUUGAAUUUUUGGGUUUUAUUACCAAAGCAAGAUGUAGUUGGUAAAGUUUGUAGGAGCAAAACCACAGGCCUCAGAUGGAAAACUAGAAAAUGUACUAUCCACAGGUACUCCACUGCACCUGAAAAACUGCGCUCUUAGACGAUUGGAUACUUUAUCACUGUAAAUUUGUCCUUUAUGACUUUAUUUUCUUUUUUGUUUUUCUUUAGAAUAGCAUGUUGCCAAUUCACAACUCGGAUUGUGCCAUAUAUCCAUCUUUGUAAUCAAGUGUGUGACUGUUGUUUCCAUUUCCUAGUAGAAGUAGUCAAAUUCUAUCAGUUGAAAUGUUAUAAUAAUGUCCCCUUGAUAUGGUUUUUUGUGAAUUAUCUGAAAAACUGUUUACUAUGUGACCUGUAUGUUUAGGUCUAGAUGUUUCAAUAAAAAUAAAUGUUGUUCUUUUA